UAGUUUCUACAUGUUGAUUUCAUAAAUAUUUUAGUCAUUAUUUGCAUUUAUGUUCGUCUCUCCUAACAGUUUGUGUCCCACAUUUUUUCUGUUUUAUGUUGUUUAAUUUAAAUAACUUCUUAUUAUGUCAUCAUUUUGCAUUGCGCUUUCAAAUUGGUCGAGUAUGCCAUUUUGAGCCUUUUAUAAAGUAAUUUCCAAUUGUUCGUUACUUGGAGAUUUAARUUUGGUCAUAAGGAAGCUUCCAGUGCUGAUAAAAAUGACUUUUAAUGAACCUUAGACAUAAAUGCAUAGCUGUGGCAUUUUACAUGUUUAAAAAAAUGGAAAAUCAGUGUCAAGUUCCUUUUUUAUAGUUGCUCAAAUAAAAAUGUGCCACGUACAUUUGCCAUUUUCUCUUAGAGCUUACCAAAUGUAUUUAGGCCUAUUUUUAUUGUGUAGGAGAUCACCUCAGAAGUUGGAUAACAAGACAAUUGAAAAAAAUCACGAAUGCAAACACAGAAAAAUAAGAUUCUCAGAGGAAAUACAGCACUGCAGGAAGAAUGCAUGGAAACAUCUGUACUCGUGCACAACAUAAAACAGCUGGAGAGGACCAGCCAUUUCCAAUCAAGCCUGUGAGCCACAAAACACUCCCAAGGACACAAGACCGACCUGGUUUACAGCAGUUUGAGAAAACCACUUUGUCCUCACAGCCCAGAGGCCGUUUGCUGCCACUAGAAUACCCUUCAGGUGGCACUCCAAAGACCCCUACAUCCUCACAAAAAUGGCAGARGGAAGCGCUUCAGAUGACAAGAGCUAUUCAGGAGAAAGAGCUACUUCUACAGGAAAAGCUCUGGAGGCUUGGAGAAAAAAUAAGACAAACCAUCCAAAGCAGUAGUGCUGACACUGCUGCAGGUUACGAACAGAAGAAUGGAAAGGAGAGGCAGUACAGUGGACAAGAUGAAUGGGAAGAAAUUCACACAAAAGACAGGUUAUCUGAGUAUCAGAGAACACCAUUAAGAAGGAACGAUAUGCUGGAUGGUGAAAGUUUGCAUGAGGAUUUAAUGCAACUGAGGAUAAAACAAGGUCGGAGGACUGAAGACAGAAUAAGGAAUACACAGGAUUUACAGCAGGCCAGAUGGGAUCCUAGUGAACACACAACAAAUAGUGUACAAAGUAAUUUAAGAUUGGAGAAAUUGAAUGAGCCUUUUAGAAGAAAAAGAGAAGUUGAAAAAUACGAUGGCGCUUGGAAAGAAACAGAGGCAAGAUACAGAGAACAAAAUGAGGCCACUGUAGGAAAUGCAACUUGGACAAGAGAAAAGAAAUACAAAGAAAGAACACAAAGGGACAACGAUGGUUUAGAUAAUCUGCAAAAUAUGUCGCAGAAAAGGCUGCAAAGGCUGGCAACAGAAAAACAAAAAMGCACCAGAGAAAAUCAGCCCAAUGAGUCGACUCUCCCACUCCUUCCUGGUUCUUUUCAUCACAGUCAGCAGCAGCAGGCAGGACCAUCGAUCAGCACUACUAAAGGUGGCCUCAUCCAGCUUCUUCCCUGUGAAAUCUGCAACCGAUCCUUUCUGAGUGACAGACUGGAGACGCAUUUCCAGAUCUGUGCAAAGAAAAGGCAGCAUCAAGUCUUCAGCUCGUUUGCUCAGAGAUCAAAGGAUCCCAGAUGGAUGAAUACUUCAAAGCCCACGAAAGACACACGACUCCAGAGGUUUUAAAAAGGACGAAGACAAAACCACAAGAGAAACAUGUAAUCUGGAUAUAGAUGGACUCCUUGUUAGCAGCACGAGGCCAAAUUAAUUCAAGUCUAAAUGGUAAUUGUCUUGUUACUGUUUUUGAAUGGUUUUAUUAAACAAGAAAAUUUUUCAAUAAGAAAAAUUGUUUUUUUAUUAAACAACCUGUUAUUUCUUUUAACAGAUCAACUAUACGUGUUUCCCUAUAUAACGCCAGUGUUGAGCCAUUUUUUAAACAAAAGGAAACAGACAUGUACAAGAAAAUAUGUGUCAUAAAAUGUUGAUUAGAUAGACACAUUAUAAACAGACACACUUGUUUUAUUUUUAGCUUGCAAAAAAAUAGAGUGACCACGAGCUGGAAAAAAA